CGCACUGCAGACAGCGAGGCGACGCUCGCGCGCAGGAAGCUAAUGCUAACAGCAGCCGCCUGAGCGCCACGAAACUCCACAGUUUAUCCGGAUUUAAAACCACGGACGGCGAUACCUUAUGGUUAAGUUUUUGUUUUCGAAUUAAACAAGAUGUCUACCCCAGCACGACGGCGUUUAAUGAGGGAUUUUAAACGGCUGCAGGAGGAUCCGCCUGCAGGAGUUAGCGGAGCGCCUUCAGAAAAUAAUAUAAUGGUCUGGAACGCUGUCAUUUUUGGCCCGGAGGGGACACCUUUUGAAGAUGGAACUUUCAAACUAACAAUAGAAUUCACAGAAGAGUAUCCGAACAAACCACCUACAGUCCGAUUUGUAUCCAAAAUGUUUCACCCCAAUGUUUAUGCAGAUGGUAGUAUAUGUUUGGACAUUCUUCAGAACCGGUGGAGUCCAACAUAUGACGUUUCUUCAAUUUUGACAUCUAUACAGUCUCUACUGGAUGAGCCAAACCCAAACAGUCCUGCCAACAGCCAGGCUGCCCAGCUGUACCAGGAGAACAAACGAGAAUAUGAGAAGCGCGUGUCUGCCAUUGUGGAACAGAGCUGGCGGGAUUGUUGACCCCAAACAGUACAGCGUACGGACAAUAUUCUGCCUCAGCUAUUGAGAGGAAAACCAUCUCGCACAGAAAAUUAUAUCCAUGUUUUGAAUACUCUUCUUGCUCUAGAGUUCUCUGUUCUGUAGCUGUUGCAAAGUUAGUGCUGUUGUGUCCUGGUCUCCCUCUUCAUGCUGAGUCCUACUCGUGGACAAGGAUGUUUCUUAAUUUAACCAAAUGUACCUUGCCAUCUCAAAGUUACAAGCUUUUUUUUGUGUGUGUGUGUGUGUGUGCGAGUGAGAGAGAGUGUUGAUCUCUGUUCAGGAGUUUGUGAUGAGAUGCUGUCUAGUUUUGGGUUGAUCUUGUACUGUGAGCUGAUUGCAUUAGAUUAUUAACUGGAUAUGAAGGGAUGCUCAGGUUGGCGGUUCCAGUGUAUCAAGCUUUAUCGAAGGUCCCUGCUUGCAUCUAUUGGCUUCUUUAUAUUUUGUUACAAAAUACUUUUUUAUUGGCCUCAGUCCAGCUUUACUGUCAAGAUGGUUUUGGAGGAAGAACCCAGAUUUAUAUAGAAAUUUCUGUAUUUUUAAAAUUUAGAUAUCACACUUGACCUGAAAAGCUUGAGGCUGUUUUGUUUUUUUUGGGGGGGGGGAAAUACUGGUCACCUUUUAACCUAGAAUACAAGUGUUUGGUUUCUCUUCUCCCCCCUUCCCUUUUCUAUAAAAGGCUGACCAUAAGAGGUCUAGGAUCUGAAAUGUGAAACAAUAGUAAUUUUCAAACUAUUGAUUUUUUUACUUGUAUCCCAAUUACAUGGCCAUUUUCUUCAAUUCUAAUUUGAGUGCAGGGUUUGUUUGUUUUUUAUAUAAUGGCCACCUCUAGAUUACUUGUCAGUGCUUUGGCAUGAUGUGUGUUUUUAUGCAAUAUUUGAGUUCUUUAGUUUUUUUUUUUUUUUAAAUGCACAUUCUAGAGUUGCAUUUGUACUCAGUGUAAGAAACUGUACAUUUUCUCACUUGUAAAUAAAUAGUAAAUUAAU